UAAGCAAAUCAAUCACGAGGCCUAUUUUCCCCUCACGAAAUUGGGCCGUUCACGAUUGAAACUUUGAAGACGACGGACCUUCGUUCAACCUCGUCUUGAGAUCUCUGAUUCUUUUCUCUCGUUUUCAUCCCCCGAAUCUCCCUCCCAGAUCAGGAUCGAACAUGGGUUUCCUUGUCACGACUCUAAUCUUCGUCGUUGUAGGUGUCAUUGCUUCGCUAUGCGCCAGAAUCUGCUGCAGCAGAGGUCCCUCCACCAACCUGCUUCAUCUUACCUUGGUCAUCACGGCAACAGUCUGCUGUUGGAUGAUGUGGGCGAUCGUAUAUCUUGCACAGAUGAAGCCUCUCAUUGUCCCAAUCCUAAACGAGGGCGAGUAGAAUCUUGCUCGGACAUGAACCCUCUUGUUCUUGAACUAUACAAAUGAAUGGCGGGCGGGUAUUUGCUCCUUAUUCAAUUGUUCUGUAUCUUCAAGAUAUCGGUUUUUCUGUGUAAUUUCGUACACUCUUUUGGCAUUGCCCUCUUCAUCAUUGAUUUUUUUGUUGUAAUCCGCUCAUUCAGUUUCACAUUCCCAGAUUUCCAGAAUGUAAUAUUGAUGAAAUAAUCUUUGGAAGAACAUUUUGUUUUCCAUCAUUCAAGUGGAUA